GCAACACAGGCGAGGAAAGGUAAACACUGGCCGUCAAAGAGCGAGAAGGCAGCCUGUUCCUCUGAAAUUAUUUUCCGCCGGAUAUCCCGUCUGGGGGCGAUACAGAAGGACAUUCUGGAAACUCUGAAGAGACAUCCGUUGAGUGGCUGUGCACGACUGCUCAGACAUGGAGGAUGAAUUUGACCCCUAUGGGCUACCCCCAGAGGUGACCACUCCCCCUCAUGGCUUGAUAGGAAUGCUCGGACUGGAUAUAGCCAACAAGUCGACGCACAAGGCAGUAUGGGAAGCCUUCUCCCUCAACCGGAGGACAGACCGCACGCCCCUUCACUUCAGGCACCUUUCGAGUGACUUCCAGAUCCCUCCCAUGAAGCAGAAGCGUCAGUCCUAUGAGUGGUACAUUCCCAAGGGCAUUCUGAAGGCAAACUGGAUCACCAAGUACCUCUACAACAUUCCCGCUCUUAUUGUCCUCUUCUACGACCUUGACUGGAAUGACACCAAUUGGGGUGAGAAGAAGACCGAACUGGCUGCCAAGGUGCAGACGCUCAAGACGGUGCUGAGUGGCCGCAAUACCCGCGUGGCGCUGGUGCUGAUCCAGAGUGGCAUAAGUGUGCCAGGAGAGGACACAGGGGCGGCAGAGAAGGCAGCAACACUCUGUGCCGCCUGUGACCUCCCUGCCAAGCACCUGUUCGUGCUGCCCCAUUCAGACGCACACCUCCUGGGGUACACAGUGAGGCUGGAGACGGCCCUCAGUGAGAUAGCUUGGUCCUUCUACCUCGGAGAAAUCAAAGGCGUGAGAGCCCACCGCGAUUUCCUCAACAAGACCAACCACAGCCUUCUCUUCGUUCGGCACCAGUUCAAGCUCGGGUUCCUGAACGAGAUGCGUAAUGACCGGCAGACGGCUAUUAAACACUAUGCACAGUGCUACCACCAUCUACUAGAUCUCAGAUCAACGGACACAAACCUCCACGAGAUACGCAUUGUGGCUGCAAUAGUGAACUACAAGAUCUGCCGUCUGGACUUCGCUCUCAACCUCCCGCGAGAUGCCAUUGCUCAGUUCCGCCGACAUAUUGACCUGUUCCGUCAGAGGACUGGGCCCAAGGAGCUCAUCUUUGAACAUUACGCAUGGCUCUCUAAACAGUAUCAAAUCUUUGGAGACGUGUUUGAAGAAGCUGUUCGCUUGGGGUUGCCAGCCGUGCAGACACAACAUCCUGGCUUCUAUUACCAACAGGCGGCACAAUACGCUGUGCUCAGAAGAAAAACAGCCCUCCAAGUUUGUAAGGAUGUGACUGCCCCAGUCUCAGACUUGCUGGAGGGAUGGAACGAGCUAGAGUUCUACGGGCAGCGACCUUGGAGGCCUGGCAAGCACUCCUUAGAACCACCUGAGCAGCAAAGGGAAGCGGAGGGUAUUAGGGAGGUCCAGUACCAUGAAGUGAAGGAGGUGAACCAUUCCAACGCAAUCAUCCCGCUCUUCUCGUCAGCCAUCAGCCAGUUCAAGAAGUACCGCUGCCCACGUAUCAAGCGUCACCUCAUGGUGCAGAUGGCAGAGGAGUACCACCAGGCCAGCGACCCCUCCAAGGCCCUCACGCUGUUGAACCACGUGAUGUGGGACUACCGGAGCGAGCGCUGGUGGGGGCUGCUCUCAUCCUCGUCUCGCCUGGCCCUCCAGUGUGCCUACUGUACAGCCGCCAUCACAGAGUACUUCGGCCUUUCACUGGAGUUCGUGGGUGGGCGGGUGCAGGCAUCGGCGCAGGAGAAGAGGAGGGUCUUCGAGAACGUGAUGCGGCUGCUCAAUGGUCAGGCACCAGAACCUGAGCCAGACACUCCUCCUGAGGUGGUUACCGUGGCAACAGAGGCCUGGUCCUCCCUGCUGGGUGGAGGACAACUGGCACCUGUCACAGUUGACAUGACAACACUGGUACCCUGCCUGGAGGUCAGGGCCUCCUUCGGGCAGAGCCAGUUCCAUGUGGACCAAGAAGUGGCCAUCACACUCAUGAUAAGGAACACGUGCCAGGAGCCCCUUCAGCUGAGUUCCCUUGGGGUGACCACCAACUCCCCCUCCUACAAUGACCGGCUGCUGGAGACGCGGCCAGAGAACCUGCUCCUUGAGCCGAACUGCGUCAAGGAGCUGUCCCUGAGCUUCAAGCCCAUAGUGGAGGAUGUGAGGAAGAAGGUGAAGGUGACCGGCGUGAGGGCCCAGCUGGGUACUCCCGGAAGCAGCAUAGUGGUGAGUCUGCAGUGGUCUGGGCCCGGCAACGAGGGGGUCACUGUGCACGCGGGAAACACUCCGUCUUUCUCAGAGUUCAACAUUCUCUGCGGAGAUAAGUUUGACACAACCGUUCCCAUCGCAGAGACAGAAAUUUUGCCCAGACAACCAAAACUCCAAGUCAAGACAGAGCACGACUCAACAGCUCUAGUGUGGGAGUGGCUGCCCAUUGCGGUUCAGCUGACCAAUGGAGAGGAGAGCUUGGUCUCAGACAUCUUGGUCAGCUUUGGGCUCGACUCCUCCUCACAUUCCAACCUGGAACAUGCAACACAAGUUUGUACAUCAUCUGGCCUGCAGAGUGACAAACUGGGCUCGCAGGUCAACCACUUCCAGUCUGGGGAUUUGGCCGUGGGAAAGGAGUGCUCUCUGACCUUCUACGUCAAGUGCCUCACUGCAGCAGAAAGGACUCUUAACCUCAAGGUGGAAUAUACAGUAACAUCAUCAUCAGGGCCGACCGUCAGCCACUGCCCCUGUGUGUACGAGAAAUCCUUCCAGAUACAGGCCGUGAUUCCUUUCCAGGUCAGUGUAGAAACCCAGACGAUGCGCUUCGAGAAGGUGGGAAGGGUAGCUGGAGCAGAGAAUUUCCUGGUCAUUCCGAGGAUCAAGUGCCUGUCACAUGUCCCCAUUACACUCACCAAUUCCACACUGGCCCUGGCCAGUGAGGCUCAGGUCGUGGGCGGCGAGGCCAUUUCGCAGAUUGCAGACACAGAACUGUGCGAUGGGGAGAUGGGGGCCGACUGCUUUUGCAUUGCCCUGUCCCCGAGAGCGACGCCAAACACAGCCGUGACGCUCGGGCAGUAUGUGCUUUACUGGAAGAGGUCUUCGAGCAGUUCCCCAGCCGUCAGCGUUAGCGUGGGCCUUCCUUCAGUGGUCGUGGAGCAGUGGGGGGUGUGGGUGGAGUGCGAGGUUCCCCCCCAAGGUGUGGUACGGAGCCCCCUCACUCUGGCCUAUAACAUUGCCAACAAUGCUGCACACACCAUGGAACUGGCCCUCACCAUGCAGGUCUCAGACGCAUUCAUGUUCGCUGGGCACAAGGAGCUGCGUCUCAAAGUGCUGCCGGGGUGCAGCGAAAGAGUGACGUACACCCUCUACCCUCUGCUGGCGGGCAAUGUGCAACUGCCCAAGCUGUGCCUCAGCAUCGACACACAUUCCCCCGGCCAGCCAGCCUCCCUCGAAGCACUGCUGGCGCGCAUCCUGCCCACUCAUAUAUACAUCAUGCCUCAAGCCAAGAAGAACGACACAGAAGUAGCAGCCUUGUCCAGCCAACUCGCAGCCAUGGUCGCCAGCUGAUCUCCCCAUUGCGAAGGGAACGGCUUCUCAAGCGCUGUGGAGAGAAGCAGGAUGCACUGUUAAGGCUGGAAGGGAGGCAGGUUCAGCUGACAGGAAGGGAGGAGGGGUGCAGAGGCUAGAUUCUGAUUCUUUUCUUGUCUCCUUUCACUUCUUUCUCUUCUUGCAUUUUGUGAUAAGAAGAAAGUUGAAAUGUUGAACAGCUUUCAUCCUCAAGUAUGCAACAUGGUGCCCCUUAACAUUUUAUGUUGCCUACCUGGUGAAGCGGAUGUUGAGGUGUCAUCCAUUAUUUACGCUGUAGGCAAAGGGGACACAUGAAAUCAACAAGACAAAUCGGUCUUGUGGUCAGUUUUUUUUUUUUUUGGGGGGGGGGGGUAGUGUAUUGUACAUUUUGAUUUUUUAUGUGUCUUUAUUUUGUUUGUGUGAAUGCAUGUCAUGAGUGUGACUUCACAGCAUUGUAACUAAAUUAAAGUAUAGAAAAAAUGUUCAUGAAACCAAUGUUUAGAAACAAAUUUUACAUUUGUAACCUGCAGAAAUUACAUUCAGCUGUUUGGAUGAAGUGUUUUAUUUUCUUAAUCUAAAUGCUCUUAAAAUAUAUAAAUUUGGGGAGACGUUAAAGGAGAAAGAGGAAGUGUAUUUACUGAAAGGUGCUUCUUGUGCAGUUACCUUGUAGGUUCUCUUGAUUCUCAUUAUCUUAUGCCAAGGUUUUUUAUCUGAUAGUUAUGUUGUAAUUUAUUUGUUACCAUUGUUUUUAAUUUGUUUUUGUUCUUUUGCAAAAAUGCCCCAGGGAUUUCUAGUGAAGUGAAUAUAUUUCCAAAAGUUUGUUAAAUAUUUUUUUAUAUUAUUAUGUUAAACAACCUGUUUAGUAUAACAGUUUGCAUUGUUAAUUGUAAUGCAUAGGAAUAUAGAUAAAAAUCACAGCAUAGAAUGAUAUUAUUUUUGCCUUAAAGUCGCCUGUAAAAUUGUAGCCACUCUUUGGGGUGCAUUGUUGGUUAACAUGAGACAGAAGUAACCACAAGACAAGAGCUUCCUUCAUGAAAAGACAUCUUCAGAGGCAGAGGAAACUGAUUAAGAAUAUAGUAACUAAUCCAGCUUUGGUUAGAACUUCAAAGUCUGUUUAGUCUAGUCAAAAGACACGUAGAUUGUUUACUGUAUACAGUAUAAUUGCUAUGGAAUUUUUCCUUUAUAUGAAGAGACAGCAACAGAACCUUGCAUCUUUGUACUAUUAUUAUUUUUAAACUGUUAUGUGUGCUUUGCUGUAUCUUGAGAGGGAGAGAGAGUGUUAGAGAUUUUUAUAACUGAUUAAUAUUCUUAUGUGAAAAGGUAUUUUACAUAUUCAUUAUUUGAUAACCUGUUUAUUGCUUUCAUGAUAAACCAUUUACAGGACUGGUGUUAACUACAUAAGAAUUAUUAAUGUAAAUCUGUUAUAUUCUGAAAAUUAAUAGUGUAAAUCUGUUAUAUUCUAAAAAAUAAAAUAAAACAUUAAC